ACACAGACAACGGCGCACACCUUAAUAGGGGCGCGUCUCCGACACAGCCGCCGACCAAUAACCCGCCUGUCUGGGCAGAGACCAGGGGGGGAUGUGCGCUCGCCGGGGCCCAAUCAGCGCUUUUGUGUUGCCUGCCGGUGCCGGGGACUGGUCGUGAGGAGCUUCUGCGGCGCUUCAGGAUCGGAAAGUGAACCCGGAGCAAGUGAGACCUGAGGGGCCAAGACGAGUCAGGAUGGAGAGGAUAAGUGAGGAGGCUCUGAGGCUGAACAUGUUGAAGCGAGGUCUGGAGAUGCCAGAGGACCGAGAGGAGGUGCUGGCCAAGCGACUGAAGAUGGAGGGUCAUGAGGCCAUGGAGCGCCUGAAGAUGCUCGCCCUCCUGAAACGCAAGGACCUGGCCGGCCUUGAGGGGGCGGCGGGGCACCUGAGCGAGGCUAAGGGAUCCACAGGCGGAGCCAUCCAGGGGUCCACUGGAACCAUUGGGUAUGAGGAGCGGCUCAACGGAAGUUUGCGUGGUGGAGCCGGGGGCCACGGCAGUCAUGGGGGGCAUGGAGGCCUGGGGAAGAACGGGAAGGAGAACAUGGUGGAUGAGCCUGUGGACAUGAGCACCAGGAGAGGCAAUGUGGACAGGGAGCGCCGCACGCCGUCCCCAGAUGUGAUCAUCCUGUCGGAUAACGAGGCUUCCAGCCCACGGGCGACACCCAGCGCGGAGGACAGGAUCAGGGCUGCCAACCUGGAGAUGUUCAAGGGUAAGAGCGGCGAGGAGCGGCAGCAGAUGAUCAAGGCCCUGAGGGAGGAGCUCCGCCUGGAAGAGGCACGCCUGGUCCUGCUGAAGAAGCUCCGGCAGAGCCAGCUCCAGAAGGAGAACGUGGUGCAGAAGGUACCGGUGGUCCAGAACGCCAGCUCCUCUGUGCAGUCGUCCGCUGUGCACGGCUCCCAGGGCCUGGCCAAGCUCCCGGUGCGGCCCGGACUGCAUACAGCCGAGCCCCAGAACCUCCGCACCGCGCAGGGUCACACGGUGAUCAGGUCGGCUGCCAACGCCUCUCUGCCCCAGAUGAUGAUGUCGCAGCGAGUCAUCGCCCCCAACCCCGCCCAGCUUCAGGGUCAAAGGGUGCCCUCAAAGCCCUCUGUGGUGCGACCCACAUCGGGGGGCAUCAGCAGUGCUGUCGGCUACCAGCAGGCCACCAGCCAGCAGGUGGCAGCCUCCCAGCGUUCCGGCUCUUCAGGCAUCUACAUGAACCUGGCUCAUAUGCAGGCGGCUGGAGCAGGCGCUGUGGCAGGUGUGGGCAGCGUGGGAGCUGUCAGCCCGUCCACCCUGCCCAGCCCCGGCGUGGGCGCCCUCGGCGACCCGGGCAGCAGCCAGGCGGCCGCUAAGCUGGCCCUGCGCAAGCAGCUGGAGAAGACCCUGCUGGAGAUCCCGCCCCCCAAGCCGCCGGCCCCACUGCUGCACUUCCUGCCAUCUGCCGCCAACAGCGAGUUCAUCUACAUGGUGGGCCUGGAGGAGGUGGUGCAGAGCGUCAUCGACAGCCAGGGUAAGCCGGCGGGAGGUAAGCUGCGCGGCUCCCUGUCCCCCACGGAGCCCUUCUUCUGCGCCCAGUGCCGGACCGACUUCACCCCCCACUGGAAGCAGGAGAAGAGUGGCCGCAUCCUGUGCGAGCAGUGCAUGACGUCCAAUCAGAAGAAGGCGCUGAAGGCGGAGCACACCAACCGACUGAAGAAUGCCUUUGUGAAGGCGCUGCAGCAGGAGCAGGAGAUCGAGCAGCGGCUCCAGCAGCAGACCUCCCACUCCCCCAGCUCUGGCCAGACCGUGCCCAGCAUCAGCAAGGCAGAGUCCAUGAUCCGGCACCAUGCACUCCGGCAGGUACGGCCCUCGCCGGCUUCCUCACGGCUCGUCCUGCUAGGUGGCCCCAUCCCUGCCGGUCUAACGCGGCCCCUCCCGCCCCCCCGGCAGGCCCCGCAGCCCCAGGCCUCCCUCCAGAGGGGGCUCUCCAGCUCUGCACGCGGUGUGCUCUCCAACUUCGCUCAGGCCUCCCAGCUCUCUGUGGCCAGCGACCUCCUGGGUAUGGCGGGCAAGCAGUGCGGGGGCGGCGGUGGGGGGCGGGCAUCCCAUGAGAGCCGUCGUCAUCUCUACAACAUCCCUGGGCUGAACAUCGCCUACCUGAACCCGGGAGGGGUGGUGGGCCACAAGGCGUCCAGCCUGGCCGACCGACAGAGGGAAUACCUGCUGGACAUGAUCCCUCCGCGCUCCAUAUCGCAGUCCAUCACCGGACAGAAAUGAGCCACUCCCUACACCCUUGUCCCGCCCCCCCUACUGGCCCCGCCCCC